GUGUAGGUAGUGUUUGGCCUUUAACUUUGGGGAAAAUCUUGUUAUCUUUGGAGGAUUCAUUUACAUCCUGAUGUUGGUGACAAUUUUCAUCUGCUUCCAUUUGUUUUGCUUCAUAUCUUUCCAUGUUUCCCAUCUUUUUUCUGAGUUUGGGUGAAAUUGUGUUUGUUUUGAUAUUCUUACAAGUCUUGAUCCUCGUUUCAGAAUUUCUAAUAUUUUAUCACUUUGUUUCCUUCUUUAAUUAACCUUUCUUUUGCGGCUUAUUAACUCUUCUGUUGUUCAAAUACAAAUUUAAAUUAUAUUUGUUUUCUCAUUGCUUUAAAUAUGAAAAUAAUUAUUAAUUUUAGUUAUUUAAUUCAAAAAUGAGUAGUACUUCAGAGCACAUUUCUCAACGCCUUUAUUAUUCCAACCGAACACCAAAUUCGAGAGUUAGCCUUGUUGGGACUUCUGCUGCUUCUUCUCCAGUAAUGUUAAGUAAUUCUCCUCAAGUUAGAGGAAAUACAAAUCAAGUUGUGGUUGUUUCUGGAGAUAACCAGUUUAGAAGUAUUCCUAUUGGAAGCGUUGGUUAUCAUCCUCCGGGUUGUGCUUGUCCAAAUUGCGAAACUAAGUAUGUGCCACCCAUUGGACAUUCUACUUCUUUAGACAACCGCCACGAGAUUUACACAUAUUCAAUUGCAAAUGAUCCUUCAGGCAAUACUGAUGGAAUUGUACAGGAAUUCACAACAGAAAAUGGGGAGAGACAUGUGUUUGUCCCAUCCAUUCAUCACUCAACAUCUCUGGAUAAUCGACAAGAACUUGUAGCGAGAACUUCAGAAGAUAAUAAAAGGAAUGAAAAAAGUGAGAAGGAAGCCGUUAAGCGUGCUCGACAGGCUGAAGCUGCUCGUCUACGUUAUCACCGUUUAACACCAGACGAGAAAAAAGCUUUAAACCUCAAAAGGACAUUAGCACAAAAAAGAAAAAAACAACGAGAAAAGGAAAUGGCUCAAUUAGAAGCAAUAUUGCGUGCUAGUGGAGAUAUUUAUGACGAUCCAGAAGUUUUAGAACAACUUAGAGAAAAGAGAAUGCGUGCAAAAUGGGCUGAGGCUGCUCGUAAUAGAUAUCACAGAAUGACUGAUGAAGAAAGAAAAUCUCAUAAUAUGAAAAGACGAAUUAAACAACAAGUUUCUGUAAAAAAUGAAGAUAAAAGUGGUGGAAAUUUGGGCGGGGAGGCUAAUAAAAGAAUUAAAGAACAAAAUGCGAGAAAAGCUGAAGCUGCUAGACUGCGUUAUCAUCGAAUGACGUAUGACGAAAAGAAGAUGUAUAAUCAGCGAAGGACUGAAGCAUUUCGACGUAGAAGGAUGGAAGAAGAAACUCUUUUGGCUAUGCCUAUAGGAAGAAUUAAUGGAGAGGCACUUGAUAGAGCACAACAAAUUGUUAUUCGAAAUGCUAAGCGUGCUGAAGCUGCUCGGCUUCGUUAUCAAAGAAUGACACCAGAACAGCGAAGGGCUUACAACCAAAAACGUUACACUCCUAAACGUAAACGUCAAAUAAUGGAAGUUAUCUUGGCAGAUGUUGAUCCAGAUUUAAAAAUUGAAAAAUCAGACGAUGAAGAAGAAUAUGAUGCUCUUUCUUCUCUUGAACGUGACGUUUUAAGGCGUACUCAACAAGCACAUCAAAUUUUGCUUCGUCAGCGUGGUCAACAACAGCAACAGCCCCAACAACCAUCCCAACAACAACAACAGUUACCACCACCACCACCACAACAACAACAUCAUUAUAUUUCGCAUAGGACACCUCCAUUGACACAUGCGUGA